UUACACCAAUCACACACACACAACUAACAAAACUCAUUUCUAAAUUAAGUAAACACAUCCUGAACACACUCACCAUACACAAAAAAAAAACUCAACACACUACCAUCUUUCUUCAAAACAAAAACCAAAAACAAAAUAUAAAUCAAGAAACCAAAAAGAAAACAUUCCAAUAAUUGAAUCGGAGAUACGCAAUCUCCGACACUUUAUUCCUUCAAUGCCGAUAACGAAACCGCUCGGAUCAAACACAACUCUUCGAUCUCAGCCACCACAUCAGUACAGCCAACCGCCACUCUUUGUAAUCCUAACUGUGAUCCUCCUCGUCGUCUUCUUCAUCGGUUUCUGCGCUCUCUAUUUCUUCAGGUGCUUCUUCCACACUCUCUCACAGGCCUGGGAUCGCCAUUACCACAACAGAUCACCCGAAGAUCAAAUCCAAUCACAACAAGAAAACGCCGGUCAACCACCGGUUAACCCCGGUUUAGAGCCACAUAUCAUCCAAUCCUUCCCAUUAUUCCCAUUCUCCUCGGUAAAAGAUCUCAGAGAAGAUAACCAAGGACUCGAAUGCGCGAUCUGUCUUCUAGAAUUCGAAGAAGAACAAAUCCUCCUUCGGCUUCUGACAACAUGCUACCAUGUUUUUCAUCAAGAAUGCAUCGAUAGAUGGCUCGAAUCUAACAAAACAUGCCCUGUUUGUCGUCGGAACUUAGAUCCAAACGCGCCAGAAAACAUCAAAGAGUUGAUCAUAGAAGUGAUACACGAAAACAGCAACGGAAACCACGAGCAACCUUCAACGUCAAACGAGGUUUCGUUGUCGAGAGAGAGCAGUAGUAGUGGUAAGACCGAGCCUUUACCGGAUAAAUUCUCGAGAUCGAAGACGACGGGUCAUUCGAUAGUGAGGAAUAAACCGGAGGAAGAAGAUCGGUAUACGUUGAGAUUACCGGAUCAUGUUAAGAUUAAAGUUACGAGGAGGCAUAAUAAUAACCAAACAGAGAGUUGUAUUUCUUUUGGCGAGCUUAUGAGAAACAGAGAAGGCCGGUUUGGUGAACUCUCUGGUCAAUCACUUGUACCGGAAUCCCAACAUUAAAGAAGAUUUACAAUUAUUUUUUGUUUACUUUACAUUAAAUUGGUUCGUUACAUGUCUUUUUUGUAUUUUGUUAGUAGGAUAUUGAAGAGAUUUUUUCUAAUGAUGACUGGACAAUGAAACUACGUCGUUUUAGUGA